AUGGCACAGGCAGAUGUUCCCGCAACAGACCCUGCUGUCUACGCGCCAUAUCAGUCCAAAUGGGCAACUCUCCCAGACAACGCGGAGGCAUGGCUGGCUAGAGCGCGCGAGGUUGCUCAGGUCUUGGCCAACGAUGCAGCUCAGAGAGACCAAGAGAACAAGUCGCCGCGCGCCGAAGUUGCGCUUCUCAAGCAUUCUGGCUUGCUGAAGCUGCUGGGUCCCAAGAAGUAUGGAGGUGGUGGACAGUCCUGGGACAUUGGGUACAAGGCAAUUCGCGAGGUCGCCAAGGCAGAUGGUUCUAUUGGCAUGCUGCUCGGCUACCAUCUCCUCUGGUCCACGACGGCGAACGUUGUCGGCACCGCCGAGCAGAUUGAGCGCACUCAGCAGCUGAUCAUCUCCAACAACUACUUCGUUGGUGGUGCAGUUAAUCCCCGCGACAAUGAUCUCAAAAUCACCUCUGACGGCGACCAUAUUGUCUUCAACGGAGCCAAACACUUCAAUACCGGUGGCGUCGUAUCAGACCUGACAGUCCUAGAAGGUGUUCUGGAAGGCACUGACGGCCACAUCUUUGCUCUGGUUCCGACCCGCCAGCCAGGAAUUCAGUUCGCCCACAACUGGCACAAUAUCGGCCUCCGAUUGACCGAGUCCGGAGGAGUGAAGAUCGAGAACGUCCGGGUCCCCUGGACAGAUGCGCUGGGCUGGGAUGAAGCUACUAAGCGGCCGCGCGAAGAGGUCCUCACGGUUCCCUUUGCAACUCUACUUCUUCCAACCAUCCAACUAGUGUUCAGCAACUUUUACCUGGGUAUCGCCAUUGGUGCUUUGGAAUUUGCAUCCAAAUACACCAUCUCCUCGACGCGUGCCUGGCCGUUUGGAGGCGACAACAAAGAAUCCGCGACCGAUGAGUUCUACAUCCUCGAGCGAUACGGGAACUUCUUCGCACACCUUCGAGCCACCGAAGCCCUGGCUGACCGUGCAGGUGACCAGUUGGCUGCACUCUACAGCCAGUACUCUGCCAAUCGGCCUGCUCUCACUGCAGAGGCUCGCGGGGAGGUUGCCGAAUGGGUUGCAAGUGUCAAGGUCGUCACCACAGACGUUGGACUUCGGGUCACCUCUGGCAUCUUUGAAGUGACCGGUGCUCGAGCCACUGCACUCAAAGUGGGGCUCGAUCGAUUUUGGAGGGACAUCCGAACCCACACUCUGCACGAUCCUGUGGCCUAUAAGAAUCGCGAGCUGGGGCGCUAUGUGCUCCUGCAUGAGCACCCCACGCCAUCCUGGUACACGUAA